AGCGACGCACGCGCUGAAACCUCACGAGGCAAUUGUUUUCCUCGCGUGUCCGCAGCGCGAGCCAGUGGUGCAGCUUCGUGCGACCGCGCAGGUCUCGUGUUUUCCACCACGGACAGUAAUUAGAGAGCUGGUGCGACCCCUUCACAGAGCUCCCACUCCACUGCGACUAUUAUUGUCCACACACUGAAACGUGGGUCAACGUUUAGUGCGUAAUUUGGCGCAACUGGACGCGCAACUCAACGAGGAAUUUCCCUCCUCCCAACUCUGUCUGUGGGUCUCUGCCCAUCGGAAAGGCUGGUUCUCCCGCUAAGGUGUGACAUUCUCGGCGUGCCUCACUGGACCCACAGCCGAAAAGAUGACGGACCCAAACCCGCCAGACUCCGCCGGCGUCCCGGAACCGGCUUCUGGAGUGGAGCCCACGGCGGUGAACGGCCAGUGCGAGCAGACGGAGAACAACACAGAAAGUCAGCGAGAGGGUUUCAAGAUGGAUCAGGAGAUGAAGAUAACAGAGAGCAUUGAGGAUCGGGGUCUUCUGGAGAGCAGCAUGCGCCUGAAGCCUCAUGAAGCACAGAGUUACCGAAAGAAAGCUCUGUGGGUGUCCUGGGCGUCCAUCAUGGCCACCAUCAUCCUGGCUGUCGCCGCUUUCACUGUGUCCAUCAUGCGCCACAGCGCCUCUGCUUUUGGAUUCGCUUUUGACGCCACGCUGGACGUGUUGUCCUCCGUCAUUGUGCUGUGGCGCUACAGCAACGCAGCCGCUGUCUAUUCUGCGCACCGUGAAUACAUAGCCUGCGCGAUCCUGGGAGUGAUCUUCAUCCUGUCCUCCCUUUGCAUCAUGGGAAAGGCCAUCCAUGACCUGGCCACCAAGCUGCUGCCAGAAGUGGACGACUUCCUGUUCGGCGUGUCCAUCGUCAGCGGCCUGGUGUGCGUCGUCCUGGCCAUCAUCAAGUUCAUGCUCGGCAAGGUGCUGACCAGCCGAGUGCUCAUCACCGAUGGAUUUAACUCUCUGGUUGGAGGCAUCAUGGGGUUCUCCAUCCUCAUCAGUGCUGAAGUGUUCAAACAUGAGCCCAAGGUGUGGUACCUGGACGGAACAGUAGGGGUCCUCAUGGGCCUCAUCAUCCUCACCUAUGGAGUCAAGCUGCUGCGGGACAUGAUCCCCCGGGUCAGGCAGACCACCAACUACGAGCGCUUUGAGUGACGGGUCACACAGGACACAAAGGGACAGACUGGGGACAGGAAAGACACUCUGUCCACAGAAACCCACUCAUUCUUGGAGCUGAAAACGUCUCUGUCCGCCCACGACUGGACUGACAGUGACAGCAGUGACGGAUGAAACCUUUCUGAACUUUUCUGUGUUUUCCAGUGUACAUACAGCAUAUCUCACCCCGGGUCACAGUGGGUGGGCUCUCCGCUUCUUCUCGCCUUCAUUCGUGUCCAGAGAUUCAACUCACGGUUCCUGAAGGCCGGCGCUCUGCUGGACUGAAAAACGCUGCAGCUGAUUGAUGGAGCGGCUCUCGAUUACCACAGUUUGACUUUUUUAUGACUACAGAGAGGAUGUGUCAGUGCAAAGGUCCAUUUGGCAGAGGAAGCAGGUACGGUGCGAUGGUGGCUCAGCUCCAGCUCUCAGCCCGGUCCAAAAUGUCUUUUCUUUAUUUUGACAACCCCCCCCAAAAAAAUCCCAUUUUACGUUAAACUUUUUGUUUCUAGAAUCCAAAAAUUUCAACUGAAAUCUGAGUACAAAGAUUCAAAUAUGGAGUCAAAAUUAUUAUGAAACUUAAAGUUUUUGUCAAAGAUUUCUCAACAGAUCAAUAAUUUAAAGAUCCUAAUUUUUAUUUAGUCCAAAAGCUACUAGUGUCUAGUUAGUUUUACCGUAUUUGACUGAUUGAUUAGAAGCUGUGAGCAUUACAGAGUAGAAGAAUUUGGUUUCUAUGAGCAAAGCAAACUAAUAUAAGCAGCCAAAAUAAAAACUAUGACUUGGAGAUUGAUUGAUUUAACAGCAUUUAAGACAUAUUUGACAAAAACUUCAAAUUAGGUAGAGGGCAGUAAUAAUUUUGACUUCAACUUUAUGUAUGCGAGACAGUCGGACAAAUAGAAAUAAGUCAAAGUUUAAUAUUUUUCCUCAUAUUAAGCCUAUGUAGUAAAGUAACUGAACAGGGUCAGUAAUUUCACCCUCUACUGACCAAAAGAAGUUACUGCAACAUCUACAACAAAUCCAUUUAAACCUGUUUAGUUUUAGUUAUUUCAGCUAACUCUUUUUUAAAUUUAUUUAUUAAUCUGAAACUAACCCAUCAACUUUAAAGCCUGAAUAAACAUCCUUCAUGUUCAUAAUUUACUUCUUUCCUGACUGGAAAUACAUCAUCCAAGCUAUUAACUGUCUUUGGUCAUAAAUAAAUCUGAAGCCUUAAUUUUGCAGAUUGUAAAAAUGUAAAUAUUAGUAGACAGUCAGAUUUGAUUUGUUGGAUGUGAAGGUCAGGUUACAGCAGGAUAUUGUUCUUUUUAGGAGCUUUCCUCAUAGCUGUAAAUGAUUGUAAACACUGUGCUUUGAUGCUAAUUUGAUUGUAAAAUAAAUCCGUCUUUUAUUGCAGCAUAAUCUCAACAUGGAAACUGUAGUUUAUGCUGCAGCAUUAAAACCUGGGAUGAAAAGUGAAAGUUUACAAGUUUAGCUUGGUGAAUUGGGGAAUAUGGGGAGUAUUUUUUUCUUUUGCGUCCCCUCGCAGUUUUGCGACAAAUAUUAAAUAAGUUGCAUAUUGGUAAAUUUCCCUAUUUAAAGGUUUAAUAGAACAGCUUUAAAUGAGAUGCUUCCAGACCAUUUAUACUUUUUGGAUGAUUUUUAAUUCGCCUCUUGGUGAAGACUCUAAACAUCAGACAACAAAUACUUUACCAGAGUAUUGCACUUUUUUAUUUGCAGUUGAAAAACACUAGGACAUUUCAGCAAGAUAGUUUUAUGUAGAGGGUGAAGUCAUUGGACUUUGUGCAAAAAUAUAUAGUCCACACUAAAGGAUUAUAAUGUUUUAUGCUGCCAGCUAUUCUAUAAAAGCCUUGAUUAAUUAUUAAAGUCAAUUUUCAGUUGGUGUUACUGAUAAAUUGAUCAAAAAGAAAACAAUCUCAUGAUAAAUUGUGAUAAAAAUAAGAGUGAUUCCGGACGGUAUCAGCUUUUUAUUUAUUCACACAAAAACGUUCUUUCUUUUUAGGAAAACAUUUCAACUUAAUAAAGUUAAAAUAAUUCAAAAUAGUCUUGUUAUGUUUUUCUGGGGAUUCUGUUAAUUCUGAAAACAACUGGUUGCACCAGGUGUAUGAUUUUAUUUGCAAAAACCAUAAUGAUACAACAAUAUAUAUGGCUGUAAACUGAACUGGACUUG